AGGUACAAGUUGAAGUAUUUGAAUUGAACUGUCACAGUGUAUGGUUGAAGAUGUCUGGCAGGCCCAGUGCUCCUGUCUAUCAGCCCACAACAGUGGCAUAUGAUGUCCAUGAGGAUGUUGGUAGAGUGUACUUGCGAAACUUUCAGGUGCACAGGAGUGCAGUACAGAGAUAUUUACCUGCAGGGAUAUUCUUUUGUGGUCUCAUGCUUUCUGUGUUGGCAAUAUGCUUUGUGAUAGUGGGUGGCACCCAUGCAGGAUAUGAAGAUAGUACCAGCACUGGUAUAUCUGAUGACUUUCAGAAACAUUCCCACAAUGAUUCUCAAAAUAAAACUUCAGAAACUGAGAAUGGUGAUCACAAAAAUAUGAAUGUUACUACUCAUGAGUCAGAUCGUUCAGAUGGAGAAUCAUCAGCUGGAAAGAGGACUCUGAUUGCAGUGGGAAUUCCCAUGCUAAUCAUUGGUGGCUUGAUGAUGACCUAUGCCUUGUAUAUGCAAGGAUAUCUUAGGAGGUGCUUUCCUGGGAAACAUGGACGUUAUUCAAAGCAGUUAAGCAAAGCUGCUCUUGCUCCUCAGAGUCAAGGGGUGAAGAUACAACAGGGUGCAACUGCAAAUUUCCAAAGGAAUGAAGCUGUGGAGGAUGAAGAGGAGCAAAAGCAACUGAUGGAUGAAUCACAUGGGAAAACUGGGACUGCUGAGAACGCCUUGCCAGGUUUGAAGUUGGACCUGCAGUCCUCUGUUCCUGUUGAAAAUGCCUGAACUGUUGUGGUAGCCUUCCUGUGUGUGCCUUUCAGUUGGAUUGCCUUUUGUCUCCAGGAGUGAAGAUAAGCAGAAACAAGCAGUUUUGGAUUUUUCUGUGGGAUUGGCUCCCUUGGCUGUAUUUGAUGAACUCACACCCUCUCUCAAAUCUUCUUUCGCAAGCAUCGGUGAACUAUGAAGCACACUGUGCAAUUUUCCCAAUGAACGCACAUGAAAUGGGCAUUAGUUGUGAUAUGCUACUGUGUAACUGAUUCAACCAGACUCCUUUAAAAAUUACAUUCCCUAAUAGAUUUUCCAUGCCUGCAGCCUGAGAUUUGUGGCAUGAUGAUCUCAAGAGUUUCUUGAGGUAGCUAUCCUUUCUUGUGCCCUACAGAGAUUGAGACUUUGAAAUUUUCUCCUGUCUGCUUUGUCUAUUAAAAAAAUUUAUCAAAAUUUGACUCUUUAAAGUUCCUGGGUUCUUUCUAAAAAUAUCCUUGGCAUAACUCCUGUGUCUUACCAAAAAGUUUUUCUGCUGCAUACAUG